AUGCCGCACACUGAGCUCGAGUAUCCUAAGCAGCCGUAUGGUACCGUCAAACGGUAUAGCCCUCGGGCAACCUACGCUCUUCGCACAAUUCACAGCAUCAUAAACACGAGUCCGAUUCUACACGUAUCAUUCAAUGUCCCUAACAGUCCCUUCCCAAACAUUCUCCCCAUGCUCGGGCAAAUGGCUUCCUUCGCCCGUCCUUCCGCCGACGAGGGCAAUGUUCUUGACCUUUACCUCCAUGGUUACGUUUCCUCCAGGCUCAUGCACACGUCACGCGAUGUCAUGAACGACUCCCCUGAGGGGAUGCCUGUCUGCGUUGCAGCAAGUCACGUCGACGGACUCGUGAUGGCACUGACGCCCAAUUCGCACAGCUACAACUAUCGCUCGGCCGUGCUCUUUGGUUUCGCCGCCGUUGUCAACGAUCAUGCCGAAAGAAUGUUUGCUAUGGAGCUUAUUACCAAUGGUGUUGUCCCUGGCUCUUGGUCCAACACGAGAUUACCACCCAACAAUGCCGAGUUGUCGUCUACUAGUGUGCUCAAGGUCACCAUCACAACCGGCAGUGCUAAGAUCAGAUCCGGGCCACCGGCAGACGAGAAAAACGACAAAGAGAAUGUUAAAGUCGUAAAUAAAGUCUGGAGUGGCGUUGUUCCGGUUUACCAAACUUUGGGGAAACCCGUUCCUGGGCCGUACAAUGUCGUGGACACGCCUUCUUAUAUAACGGACUUUGUGAAAGAUAGAAAUGAAGACGCUCAAGAACAUGCUAUAAGAGCAGCAACCAGGACCGCAGACAUAAAAGCCGGCCCGGACCAGUAA